AUGGAGCUAGUACUUUUAUUAUUCUUAUUAGGAUACGUAAUUUAAGAUGCAGGCUGCGUAAUUUUACUUCUAAGAAUAUUGAAGCAAAGGUCUGUUGAUGGUUUAUCUCUUUAAUCCCAAGUUAUGUACGGAUUAGGAACAUUAAUGAGAGUAAUCUACACUUUCGAUACAAGACUAAGCAAUUACACAAUUGUAUUUGUUGAAAUGAUGGUUGCUGUUUUACUCCACAUAGGCAUACUUUAUGGUUUCUUCAAGUACAGAUACACUCAAACUUCAGAUAUUUAAUCUCCUUUAAUUAGCUGGAAAACAAUAAUACCCGUAUGUUCAGUUUUAGCUUACUUUUUCCAUCCAGGUGAAUAGUAUGAAUAUCUACAAAUUUUAGUAUCUCUAUCCAUGUUUAUUGAAGCAGUAGGUCUCCUACCAUAAAUUUAUGUAAAUCGCAAGCAAGGACGUGUAGAAUAUGAAUUAGGAAAAUAUCUCAUUUUUAUGGUUGCAAGCAGAAUAGCAAGAUUAGCAUUUUGGUUUGUAAUGUAUAGAAUGGGUGAUUAAAAUAUUGAAUUGAUGGUUGCUGAUAUUGUUCAUACAGUUCUUCUUGCAGAUUUUGCAAUUCUUUUUAUUAAAAACAAAGGCAAAGAAGUUAUCUUAGUAAUUUGA